AUGAAUGCAGAAAAUGUAAUUCCUGCGUCGUUAUUGAUUCCGAUGCUCUUGAGUGGUUCAUACGUGCUGUAUUUAUCGUUCUUCAAGAUUUCAAUCAAUGAUAUUAUCAAUUUAUACACAAUCAACGUAUUUGUACCAAUGCAGCUGUUUACAUUAAGUCUUAUCGGAUCUGAAAUUGAACUUUACCUUGGAUUUUAUGGUAUUAAGAGCAUUAUUCAUCGACAUUUCACCUCGUUCUUCGGUGCCGUCAGUUCGAUCAGCUUUCGCGUCCUGUCCGAUGCUUUACUCUUAUCCAUUUACGUUGCAUACAAACAUCCAUUGUCAUAUGCUCGAUAUUUCAGUGCAAGGAGAUGGAAGUGGUACUUUGCAACAUUGCAUGUGAUAGCCAUACUUUGUGGAGUAUGUCAUGUGAUUGUGAUGAACACUGGCGGUGCGAUAUCAUGGAUUGAACCACUCCCGUCGUUUUUUGUUACAUUCACAGUGACGGCUAUCAUUACGGCUUUGGUUAGCACUCGAUUCGUUGCUUGA